AUGGACGAGAAGGGCUUCUUACUUGGCCGUAUCUUACCAUCGAAAAGAAUCUUUUCAAAGGAGCUCUGGGAGCAAAAGAAAGUACGCAAGGCUCUCCAAGAUGGGAGUAGGGACUGGAUCACGAUUAUUGGUUGUAUCUGCGCUGAUGGGAGCUCAGUAGAUCCUGCGAUAAUCUACGAGGGAGCAGAUAGUCUUCGUGAUGAAUGGGUACGGGAUCUAGAGGUGGGAAAACACCAGGUUUUUUGCUGCACCAGCCCAUCAGGAUGGAGUAAUAAUGACCUCGCGCUGGGUUGGGUUGAGCAGGUGUUCGAUCGGCUCACGAAGGCCAAAGCAAAACGCGACUACAGGAUGCUUCUCGUCGAUGGGCACGGCAGUCACCUCACGCCUUCCUUCAUCGAGUACUGCUAUGCCAAUCGAAUACUACUCGCAGUAUUUCCGCCUCACGCCACUCAUAGCCUCCAGCCACUCGACGUUGGCGUGUACUCACCUCUAGCAACCGCGUACAGUAACGAGCUCACCAAUGUACUCUAUAGCGAUCAAGGGUUACUCAAUAUGCGGAAAAGUGAUUUCCUACGCAUAUUUUGGGCGGCAUAUAUAUCUGCUUUCAUAGCUAACAAUAUACUGAGUAGUUUUUGA